AUGUCGCUCAACCUCUUCUCUUACUGUCGUUCGAAUGAUUGCUGCUAUUCGUAUUAUUGGAAUAACAAUACAUGGAUUCCAACAGGGCUCCCAGACUCAAGGAACUCAGAUUGCCAGUGCCCUUUUAAAGGGGAUCCAGAUAUUGCUGGCCCUGGAGUGAUGGCAGCUUUCAUAGCGACAGCAUGGAUAACCUGCUUUGUAGCAGGCAUCAACGCAUACUGUGGGUUAGCGAAAAGGUUUGACAAAUAUCUGUCAUAUCACGCGUCCUGGAAUCGCGCCGAAAAUCUCAAGAACCUUCUACGAACUAUCGUACCCCCCUUGCCUUUUCAAGACUCGGAAUUUCCGGCCGCAAGGUGGAGCUUUCUUGCACGCUGCAUUCGAUGUGUGGGAGGCAUAUGUCGCUGGGGAGUUGCUUGCGUUCUGUUUCUAUUCGAGAAAGAAAUGCCAACUACUAGGAGGGCUGCCAAAAGCGCUCUCGCUAUCCUUUGCGACAUCCAGGUUGUCACCGGGACAGCAAUCGUGAUUGCCGGAAUCGUACAAAAAACAUCAGCGACCUUCUACCAUCAGCAAUUUGUCAUGAACUACUGGUUUCUUACAUUGAAUUCGUUUUGGGCGGCCAGGGCCGGCGGUUUGAAUGAUAAUGAGGAUGACGAUAAUUGGCAUUAUUGGACGAGGGCUUUUGCCAUCUUCGCCACCUGUGUGCUGUCAGUUUACUACCAAUGGUUCACGAUACCUCGACAACAUCGCGAUUGGGACCCUUUGAACAGCGGAUUCUGCUUUAUUUCCCAUGACAAAACAGGAUAUACGCAAAACUACAUUUGGAUCGCAGGUCUGCUAAUAUUCGCCGUGUAUCUUUUCUUUCUUCUCCUCGCUGGAAUCACAAGUCGAAGCCCAACAUGGAUGGACAGACUCUCAAUACAAACGACUUACUUAGAGAACAGAUAUCGCGAGAAGUACGAACGUUGGAUACAAUCAACACUGAACAGACCUAGUUACAAAAUUCUUCACUACAUAGCGUGGUGGGUUCUCAACUUUCCUAUCUUUAUUGAGUGGGGUUUCCUCCGAUACAUGGAGCUCGUAGCUUGGGGCGACCCUCAAUCGAUCAUUAUUGUCCUUGCGUUCUUUGGCUUCGCGGCAUGGAACACCUAUGAUCUGAUUGAUCUUAAGCUAUCGAAUACCUACCUAGCAGCAGAUGAGUCUGCUUGGGGGUUUGGUCAAGUACUUCCGGUUGUACUGUUGGGAUUGAUUUUGCUGAAUGUCUUGGAUAGUGUGCAGAGUGAGUGCCUAGCGUCGAUGACCAGUGACUUGAGGGAAGAUGCUGAGCUUGAAUAG